AUGGCAGUCCUACAAGAUGUGCCAUUCGAAAUCCUCACUAAAAUCCUAACAUUUGUUGUGGACCGACCAUAUCAGCGGUUGUCUUUUGUGUGUUCUCUAUCGAAUUUGUCCCGUCAGUUCUACCACGUUCUACGACCGCUUAUCUUCAAAAAGGUCUGGAUUCUAUUCGGCCCCGGACGCGCAGAAUUUGCUCUAUUCUUCCGCAGUCUGAAAGAGGACCCAGCCCUAAUCGAGAUGGUUCAAGAUAUAGCAGUUGAUUGGAUAGAACCCUUCGGAGACGAACCUACCAGCUAUGCCGACGACCUCCUUAAAGUCUUAUUAAGCUUGAGAACACUGUCGAUCAAUGCUAAAUGGAGUGCCGAUUGUUUUCCGUCGCAAUUCCUCGAUAUUAAUCCGAUGAGGAACUUAAGAACUGUUAAGUUGCAUGGCCGUCAACUCAAAAGGCAGAGGACAUACGGAGGUAUCUGGUUCUCGAUCAUGUAG